AUGGCCGGCCCCGUGAUCAGGAACUGGUGGCACACGUACCAACUGGACAAAUCCGACAUCAACGACUCCAACAAAGAAGAGGACAAAGACGACCUCGCGGAGAAACGCCAGCUGUCGAUUAGUCAGACCCUGCGGACCAGACAACUGCGAGUGGAUUUCGACGGCAACCGUCCGGUUUUGAGUCUCCGAGCGCCUCUGGAUCUGGUUCAGUUCCCGUCCAUUUCCGGUCCCCGAUGGCCUGUGGAGUGUGAGGUCGUCAGUAACGCCAUCCACCACAUUGAGUGGAAACCACCAAAGCCUGAACCGCUUUACCACCCAACCGGGCAUGAGAAGACACCAUUUUCACAGGCGGACGAGAGCAGAACAUUACAGACCACACAAGUUGUCUACUGCAUUGACCAAGGAGACAAGUGUCCCUACUUCACCUGCUCUCGUGUGGGAGGCUCGCGGAUAUCCACCUCCCCUAACGACGCCGACCAGAAGGACCUCUCCCUCGAGUUCGAAUCCCGAUUUGAGAGCGGAAACCUUCAGAAAGCCGUGCAAGUCGGUCCGCACGAAUACGAACUCACCCUGCGCACCGACAUGUACACCAGCAAACACACGCAGUGGUUCUACUUCCGCGUGCGGAACAUGAAAGCCGAGGUGAGCUACCGCCUCACCAUCGUCAACUUGAUGAAGCGCCGCAGCCUCUACUCGCAAGGGAUGAAACCCCUGCUCUACUCCGAGAGAGCCGCAGAAGAAACGGCCGUCGGGUGGAUACGGACCGGCUCCAACAUCACGUACUACCGCAGUCAGAAUUCAAAGGAUUCCGACUCCAAAACUCUGUACUCCCUCACAUGGACGCUCCAGUUCCCCUAUGAAUCAGACACAUGCUACCUUGCCCACUGCUACCCAUACACAUAUUCGCACCUCCAGAGCUAUCUCAGGCACAUUUCCUCCAACCCGGCAGUGGUGUCCUACUGCACCGUCCGGGUGCUGUGCUACAGUUUGGCCGGUAACGCCGUCUACGUUCUGACGGUGACGUCUCGGGCCGGAGAUCGAGAGGAGGAAAGCAAAACCAAGAGGGCCGUGGUGGUGACGGCUCGGGUGCACCCGGGAGAAACUAACGCGUCCUGGUUGAUGGAAGGGUUCUUGGACUUCCUGUUGGGGGACUCGGAUGAUGCACAGCUGCUGCGAGACACUUUUGUUUUCAAGGUGGUGCCAAUGCUGAACCCUGACGGCGUGGUGGUGGGCAAUUACCGCUGCUCUCUGGCCGGAAGAGACCUCAACAGAAAUUACAAGACCACGCUCCGGGAUUCCUUCCCUUGCGUCUGGCAUACUCGCAACAUGGUGGAAAAACUAAUGAAGCAGAGCGACGUCAUCCUCUACUGCGACUUCCACGGCCACAACCGUAAAAACAACGUCUUCAUGUACGGCUGCAACAACCGCGACGAAGAUGCGCCUAAACUUCUGGAGCGAGUUUUCCCUUUCAUGCUGAGCAAGAAUGUCAAAAACAUGUUUGCCUUCAGGAGCUGCAAAUUCCAAGUGCAGAAAAGCAAAGAGGGAACCGGGCGAGUGGCCAUGUGGAGGCUCGGCAUCAAAAACAGCUACACGAUGGAGACCUCCUUUGGAGGUUCCACACUUGGUGAUAAGAAGGGAACUCAUUUAAGUAUGCAAGAUCUUAAAUCUUUGGGUUUCUACUUUUGCGACACCUUACUCGACUUUUGUGAUCCGGACCCCACCAAGGUGACUUACUGUCUGAGAGAAGUAGCGGCUCUGUUGCGAGAGGAAUUCCGAGAACUGGGCAAAGAUUUGGACACCGACUUCUCCGUCUUCGAUUUGGAAUCGGGGACCAGCGGUUCCAAUAGUUCGGAUUCUGAUGGACCUCCGCUCCAUUUGCUCCAACACCCGCGAUCUCGCACUGAAGAGCCAUCUUCCGUCAAGAAUAAGAAGAAAAUGACUCGGAAAGAAAGAAACCAUCUGAAAGGCAGGAUACGACCUGAAGUGGUCCAGAGCACCAUUCAAAAUAUUGAGCCGGACUUCCCGACUGAAAGAGUCAACCCAGAAAGGCCGCUUCCACAACACAAGAGAAAUGGGCAGGUGAAUAUCCCAGAGAGAAAAAGCGUCAGCCCAGCCAGGAAUCCGGUGAACGGUGGGAUCAGUCACGUCAGCCUAUGGGAAGGCUUUCAGCCCAUAAAAUCAGAAGACUGCCGAGAAGACGCCAGGACAGACGUGGACGCGCGCCGCAAGAAGAGACCCGGUUCGAACCUGUUGCCUCCAAGAGGUGCGUCUUUUUGCCAACGCGAAUGCAGUGAGCAAGAAGACCGAUCCCAUUGGAGCUACACGUCCAAGCUGCUGCACUUGAGCGCUCUCCUUCAACGACCUCCCAAGUUGCACCCCAAGGCCCAGCAGCAGCUGCAGCAGCUCCAUCAUCACCAGCUUCAGCAGCACCAGCAUUUUUAUACGCAUCCGCAUCUUCAGCAACGUUACUACCGACACAACCGCUAUAACCUCCUGCAUCGCCAACUGCAGCAGCAACAGCAGCAGCAACUGCAGCAGCAGCAGCAGCAGCCCCCGCUCAAGCAGCACCAGUAUUUUAACCAUCAUCUUCAUCACGAGCAAUUUGGUCUUGACCAUCUUCAGGACGAGUCGCCGCUGUUGCCCCAGCCGCUACCGCAACCUCAGCCGCAACAGCAUCAUCAUCAGCAGAAUUGUGUCCCUCGCCCGUUGCCCGUCACCACCCCUACCACCACCUCCUCCGCAAGUUCCCAGCGUCCCACGUUUGACCUGAUUCCCCCGAGGCAGCACUCGUCAAACAUGGUCAACGGACACGACGGUCAAAGAGAGCGGAUUCCCUACGUGGCGCCCAACCGUUACUACGCCCCCCAAGAUCAGACCAGCGUUCCCACGGAAUCGUCCAACAACAAUAGAUGGGAAGGGAGCAGCCACGGGCAUUUUUCCGAAGUGGCGUUGCUGAAACAUCUACCGUUUCGAGAGAUUAACCGUCGAGAUCUUCUCUCGGAAAUCUGCGGGAAGAAGCCCAUGUCACACCCGCAUUUUUUAAUGCCUGUAAUCAGGUACACGGAGCCGCAAGGACAUAGACUGAGUGUUCUGCCAACAGAAGACAAAGGCGCAAAGACUGUUUUGCCCCCUGUGGUAAAGCGCUCCACAUCCGCAGAGUGGCAACAUAGGUGA